CAUCAACUCUCCAUCACCGACAUCACCUUCACCCACACUAACAUGCGUUGGACUUGAAGUCAACAUGAGCAAUUAUCAGGCGCGCGAGCUUAACAAGGUCCGCCUCGAGCCGGCGCGUCCUGUCGAGGACGCCGAUGACGAGCUCGAGAGCGACCCUUCAGACGACGGAGAGGGUGUUGAGUUCGACAUUGACGCCGUAUGCUGGGCCGAGUACAAGGACUCGACGUUCGAGCGCGCCAAUGGGAAAAUCGGCUGGCAUUACUACGUUAUGUGGCAAGGCUACCUGAAAACAGGUUCAGACACUGUGGAAACGCGAUCAUCUUUUGUCGAUGACCCAGACGACCCAACUGAGACAUCUGAUGCGCUGCUGGAAUUCUGGGCCUCGGUCCCAGCAAAGAAGGUGCGGAAAGGCAAGGACGAGCCUGGUGGCAAGAUUGGCGAGAUUCGGUUUGCUUCUGAUGACCUCUUGCGUAUGUCUGGACAUGUUCAUGCAUACCCGCAGCUGACUGCCAGGACGCAAGUUUAAGGAUGGCAAACCAAAGCGCAAUUUCGCGGCGUACAAGCGUCGCCUGGAAGCCUUCAAAGAGGCCAGAAAGGCCGGCUUCGAGCGGGCCUUGGUGUACAAGCGCGACUCGGACUACUACAUCAGAAAGAAGAGAAAAGCACUACUAGCGGCGGAGAAGGAAG